UUUCCACACAAAUUCUUAACAAAACGAUAGCAAUAUAGUUUCUAUUUGAUUUAUGAUGCAUACUUUUACUUUUCAAUAUCGUAUAUUAAUAAAUUUAAGAAAACAAAUUUAUUCGUCGCGAAAAAAAUUAUAGUUGAUACGAACUGUCAAACUUUAUUCGCGUUCCACAUUAUCCACACUUGCAACGAAUACAAUAAUCGCUCGUACUUAACCUAAAAUAAUCAUUCUUGUUUUGGUUUCGAUGGUGAAUGGUGUUCGGCUGUGGCUUCUUGAAAAAAAUAUGGAUAAAAAGGAGUUUGAUGAAAGGUUAAUUUUAGAAGUGGAGGCCAAUCCAGUGCUUUACAAUAAAGCCGACCCUUUCUAUUCCGAUAGAAAUAAGAAGGAACAAAUUUGGAAAUACAUCGGAUAUGUUUUGAAUGCAGAUGUAACAACGUGCAAAGAUAGGUGGAAGAAUUUGAGAGAUACAUUCUCAAAAUAUUAUAAAAAAGAAAAAAAUGUGCCGAGUGGGUCGCAGGCAUAUUCUAAGAAGCCAUGGCCGUAUUUCGAAAUCAUGAAGUUUUUAGUUCCGAACAUCGAAGUGCCAAGAACUGUCGGGAAUAUGGCACGAGGAAAAGAAAACUCUUUCCAAUUGCAGGAUGAUACCGAGGACUCAUUCCCUACGGUUUCGUGCUGGACUUCGGAAACACCAUCACCACCAGCAAGAAAGAGAAAAAGGGAGUCUGAUACGGAAAAGGUUUUGGCGGCAUUGACUCAAAUUAAUGAGCCAGAGUCAACUCCGCUGGAGACAUUUUUUUUGUCACUCGCACAACGUGCCAGUUCUUGGACCCGGCGGAAGCAGUCAAAACUUGAGGCGCAGACAUUGAAUGUCUUUCAUCAAAUUGAAUUUGAAGACGACUAAAAUGUUUAAUGUUUUGCGAAGUGUACAUUUUUUUUAGUGCAGGAAGCAU